CAGCCAAUCCCGUCUCUCUCUGUGUCCUACUCUGCAGCUUCUGCCCCUCCCCUUCCAAGUGAAGCCAGGCUGGGACACAGGCAGUGUUUGUAUCGGGAGAAAGGACCAGAACUAAGGAAGACCAGGGGCCCUUAAAAAUGCAGGAAGGCUGAAGCCCCAAUGUGAGGAGAAAGAAAGUACAGAAAUAAAAGAUGUCUGAGCCGUGUCCGACCACAACCACAACUCCCUGCAUUACUUAACAGGGCUAAAAUCUCCCUCUGCCCUGCCCCUGGCAAAGGGUGACAAUGGGUGUCUUUGAAGAUUGUGUGUUCUUCCUUAAAGUCAACAACUUAUUCAUUAAAGAGAAGGGAACACUGCAGAGCUCAAUAACUUCAAAUGGAGGAGUUAUAUCCUUUAUACUGAAUCAAAAGUGCACUCAUGUGUUGGUGGAUUCCAUUGACUCUCUAAGUGAUUCCCAACUGAAAACUGUUCAAAAGCAUCAGAUUCUAAUUGUGGGUGCUGAUUAUGUGCGGAAAUGUUUAGAGAAGCAGAGUCUGAUUAAAGAUUAUCAAUAUCCAAAUGAUGUCCCACCGAGUGAGAAACAAGCACAAAGGUUGCAAGAUCAUGAGAAUACUUGGUACCCAAUCACAGGAACAAGGGAAAACAAGAAUGAAUUACAGCACAGGGAUUAUAGUGACGAUGACGAAAAUAUCAUCACUGAACCUCCCAAAACCAAAGUGUUAAAAUACUGUUUCCUUCAAAAAGGACCACAAGUGGCUGUUUUUGAGCUGUUGUGCUUUCCAGAUCCAUCAUCUUUUCCAUUCAGAAUAUCUACAAUAAUCUGCCAAUCCAAAGGACCUGAGAGUGACUGCUGCUUUCAGUUCGAAGACAAUAGUGAGUUGGCUUGUCAGAAGUAUGACCAAUGCAUUGAAGAUUUAAAAAAGGAUGGCUACAAGAUAUUAAAAACCAUUCCAAAGGAUAUUGUCCGAUUCACAUCAGAGUCACUGCAGAUGGCGUUACUGAGAGACAACAUCAUUCUGCCCAGAAUUUCACUGGAUGUCGGGUAUUUUGUGGAAUCAGUUUGGACUGAGGCUCUCACUCAUUUGGACCAGAUCCUCUCCUGUCCAGUAAACAACAUCAGUCUCAGUGAUGUAAGCAAAGCAGAAGGAGUUCUACUCUAUGUUAGGAAAUUGCUGGGCACAGGAACAGAACCUGGAGCCAUAAGGAAAGCAAUGGCUGAGUUUUAUCGACUUAUUCCCCAUAAGGAACCCAUACAGGCCAAUACUAAUAUGAAGCUUUUGUCGAUAAAGCAGGAAUUAUGCCAGCUUAUUGGAGACAUUGUGAAUGCGUGUGAGAUAAACUCUGGAGAGCUGAACCCAAGUAGCUUUGCUAAAUACCGUGCCCUGCAGUGCAGAAUAGAGCACAUCGACCCCGAGUCUGAGGAGUUCCUUCAGGUGUCCCAGCAAGUUCUGGAGAAGCAGCGCAGUGAAGAAAUGAUUAACAUAAAAAAUAUAUUCCGCAUUUCAAAAUCAAGCGAAGCUGUAGAAUUUGAAAGGAACCUUGGGAAUGUCAAGCCCCUCCUCCAUGCGUCCUCGCCACACAGUUUUGUUGGGAUCCUUUACCGUGGGCUGCUCUUGCCAAAAUCCGUAGAAGAUGAUUUGGAUUUGCCGAGAACUGAUACAGGACAUCUUGGAAGAGGAAUUUAUUUUAGCGAUUCAAUAAGUGCAAGAGUUAAAUAUUCAGAACCCGCUGUAACCAAUGGGGCGCGUCUGAUUCUGGUUUGUGAUGUGGCUCUGGGUAACUGCAAGGAUGUCUACAAGAGGAAUUUCUCCUUAACUGCAGCUCCAAGUGGCUUUCACAGUGUUCAUGGUGUCCGGGAAAUUCCUGGGGCAAAAUCUGAUUUUGAGGAGGAUGAAUUUGUGGUUUAUAAGAAAGAUCAAGUGACAAUGAGAUACGUGGUUCAGUUCUGCACUGAUAAAGACACAGUGAACAUGGAACCCAAUAAACUUCCCCUUCAGCUGGAAAACACAGAGGAAGAUAAUGAAAGAGAACAAGUACAGUCCGAUGAUGAUGGAGAACAUAAUGAUGAUGAUGAUAGUGAACAUGAUGAUGAUGAUGGAGAACUUUUACAAUCAGAUGAUGAUGGCCAAAAAGUACAAUCUGAUGAUAACGGGGAUGGAGUGCAAUCUGAUGAUGAAUCAGAGAGUGAGCCACCAAUGAAGAAUAUAAUACAUGGUCUUCAGAGCAUUGAUGGCCAGCAGAUUCCUGUGGAUAAUGUUCAUGUAAAAGGCAGAAUAAUAGAUAUCGCUGCAGAGGUGACGCUUUUCCAGACAUAUGUAAGUCAUUCCACGGAGCCCAUAGAGGCUAAAUACGUUUUUCCACUGGACAGACGUGAUGCCACUGUGUGUGGAUUUGAAGCAUUUAUAAAUGGAAGACACAUUAUAGGAGAGGUUAAAGAGAAGGAGCAAGCGCAUGAGGAGUACAGGGCUGCUAUCAGCGAGGGACGUGGGGCUUACCUUAUGGACCAGGACGCUGCUGAUGUCUUCUCACUGAGCCUUGGAAUCCUGCCUCCAAAAGCCACGGUCAUCAUCAAAAUCACCUACUUAAAUGUGCUGAGUCGGAACUAUGAUUCCCUUCCUUUACAAUUCAUCAUUCCUCCUACAGUGGCAUCUUGGGUAAAGUAUGAUGGUGAAGACAUCUAUUUGCCAGAGGGGUGUUUUUCUCUGGAGAUGUCUAUUGAGAUGCCUUGUAAAAUCCAGUCGAUUCAUAGCAAAACACACCUGAUUAAGCUGAAAAAAACGGAUUGCAAAGCGGUGAUCACAACUGAAAAAGACAGUGAUAUGCUCUAUGAUGGCUUUUUUCUGGAUAUCACAUUGGAAGAACCUUUCUUUCCUAGGCUCUGGGUUGAGAAACACCCGGAUGAAGACAGUGAGGCAUGCAUGCUGGUAUAUCACUCCAGUCUUGAAGAUACGUUUGAUAAAUGGAAUGUAACCAUCUGCCUUGAUUGCUCCAAUUCUAUGGAAUCCUGUUUUGAAACUGCAAAGUAUAUUGCUCUGACUGCAAUUGAAAAGCUUUUUGUAUACCACAAGCUAAAUGUAGUCCUUUUUGGUACAAAUUAUUUGGAACUGUAUGCUUAUACAAAAUCACACCACUAUGAGGAAAUAGAAGAAGUGCAAAGGUUUAUCAGUCUGGCAAAACCAAACAUGGGGGGCACAGAGCUGUGGAAGCCUUUGCAAGCCAUAAGUUUGCUGCCUCCAUCCUCGGGAAUGCAUAAAAUUCUUCUUAUAUCCGAUGGGCACAUACAGAAUGAGAGUCUUGUCUUUAAAAUCCUGAACAAGAAUGCUGGGAAAAUGAGUAUAUACAGCUGCUCUGUUGGUGCAACAGCCAAUAAACAUCUGCUGGGGUCUUUGUCUCGACAAAGUCGUGGCACCUGUGAAUAUUUUGAAGACGCAUCCGUGUUGGAAAAAAAGGUGACGUUGCAGACUGAGAGAAUAUGGUCUCCUUCAUGCUGGAAUAUGUCUGUUAAAUGGCAGCAAGCAAGCCAGAACUGUCCAAAACCAAUACAAGCUCCAACACACAUACCCCCAUUGUUCCCAUACAAGCACCUACUAGUUUGUGGGUUUGUCUCUGAUUGCACUCAGGCAUUAUUUAAAGAUCAAGAGCUUGACACUGUGGUCUCAGCUACCGAAUUACAGAAAAGCACAGGAACGAUGCUUCACAGAAUGACAGCUAGAGCCAUUAUUAGGGAUUAUGAGGAUGGAAUGCUGCAUAUAAAGGGACAUGAACAUGAGAUGAAAAAACAUCAAUUAAAGCCCUUUAUUAUUGGGCUCAGCAAGAAGUACUCACUUGUGAGUGAAUUUACACGCUUUGUUGCUGAAGGAAAACAAGAGGAGCAGGGAAAGCAAGAGAACUGGGUGCAGAAUGUGCAUGAAAUGAUAUCUGCAAUAGAUGUUGAUAUUCUACCCCACAUGGACUGGAGCCCAAAAAAACAGAAAACUCCUUGGCACAGAUCUAUCCGCUAUAAACAUAUAAUGCAGAAAUGCAGUAACUGGACGCCUCGUGAGGAGAGACAUGAAAAGGACAGUUCUGACCAAAGUACAAUGGAUGGUGAAGAAGGAUCUGACCCAGUGACUCCUUUAUCUUCACUGUCUGCUUUACAGUGUGAGGAGGGAUACUGGCAGCUGAAUGAAUCUCUUGGAUCUUUGAUAAACAUUGAUGUCAGUUACCUGUGCAAUGAAUUUUUAUUGAAAAAUGGUAUCCAGUCUCUUGGGAGCAAAGGAAGGGAGGAGGUUCCAAAACUCAUUGCCACACUCUUGGUGCUGCAAGUAAUACGCACUAAUAACUUGCAGGGGAUAAAAUGUAAGAGUUUGGUGUCACUGGAUGAGCCCUCCGGCACCAGCCAGUUCCACCAGGCAACUGAGAGAGCCAUGGAAUGGGUGAGAAAGAGAGACCGUCAGUAUCCUGGCAUCUGCUAUCGACUCGGCUUGGGCAAAGACUGGGAAUCUGCCACCCGGAAGUUAUUAUCCAUUGAUCCCGUGGAUCCUUCCUCUGAUCUUUAUCCUGCUGUGAGCAGAGACAGAUCCAACAGUUAACUUUAAUCUUUAUUACUGUUUGUGGUGGGGUUUGAUGAAGUAAUGUCACAUGCAUGGUUGCCCGUGAUGUCACUUCCACUUCACAUGACAUCACUUCUGCUGCAAGCGACAUCACAUCCAACAAAAAUUGCCUGCUGAACCCUACCCCCAGUUCCACCACUGUAUUUGUGCAGGUAGCAUGGCGGCUGGGGAGUUUUUUUUUUUUUUUUAAUGUAUCACCCCCCUAAAGUGGCCCUGCAUCAGAAUAUUAAUUUAGUAAGCAAAGAAGCCUCUCCUCUGCUCAGUUUUGUUGCUUAUGACAAUGGCAAUGCUCAGAAAGCUUGAUCUUUGACCCUUGCUUCAGUAUUUAGCAGUAUAGAUAUUGCUAAUAAGGUUACCAGCAUUCCAUUGUAAAAUCCGAGGACAGCAAUUUGUAUGUGCCAUGCCCACUUUUUGGCCACUCCCCCACAGUCAUACACCCACUUAACCUCACAGCCACGCAUUUAUUUCCCUAUUAUAUAAAAAUGAUUUUAUACAUAUUACAAGAUCUAAUACCAUAAUGCAAGCAAUUUAUGGUAUAUAUGGUAACCAUACACUAAUAUAAGGUUUGUUGGUUGUUUUAGUGGCCCAAAUUUUAAUGGGCCAGAACAGACAGUAUUAAGAGAGAUUUUUUUUUUUUUGUUUACAGGUUGGUUGGCUGUUCACAAAUCUGCUUGGUACCUCUGGGGAGGAGAGCAGGCAGUGGUAAAGAUGGCCAUACACGUAGCAAUUUUGAUCUUUCGUGCGACCAUUCAUCGUAAGAAAGAUCAUUCCCAACCUCCACUGACGUUCAGGGCUGAAUCGUCACAUAUGGAGGUAGAAACUAUAAAAAUUCUACCUCCUUCUACCGAUUCAGCCUUGAAUGUAGCUUUUGCUCGAGCGCCUUUAAUGGCUUCCAAUCAAAAUCUUUUAACCUGGACAAUCGACGAGUCAAUCGAUAUCCGCAGCCUUUGCAAUAUCAGUCGCCUCGUUGAGCCACCAUACACGCACCAAAUAUCGUACGAAAUGAGGUUUCAUACAAUAUUAUCGGUGCAUGUAUGGCUGGCUUAGUAAUACUAUUACACAAAAUAACAUUUAACCCUUGAGGGGCAGGGGUUUUUGAUUAGCACAGUAUUUUAAAAUGUCCUCUGACAAUUAAUGACAAUUUGAUGUUUUUUAUUUAGAAUUGUGGAGCACUGAUUGCACUCGCUUGUGUUAGGGAAGCAGAACAGAACAGUCCAAGUGCCUUCCUGCUGCUGUUAGAUACAGCCCAUACAGCAUUAUCACUGUAACUGGCUUUUCCUAAACAAGCAGCCUGUAUUUAUAUUCCUGCUCAUAAGCUUUAUUCUGGUGGGGUAAAUCCACCCGCUGUUCUUACUAAUCUUAUAAAAGAAAUGUGUUUAUAGUUUGUUAUAAAGUUUAAAUAGAUGCUAAGAACUUAGACAUUUAUUUGCUAUUGCAAAAAUAACUACAGUAUGAAACAUGUAAAGGUCCAUACAGGAUACUGUCUCAUACACAGGGAUAUGGGUAUUCAGGGAUAUCUGCCAUCAGGAGGCACAGGAGAAGCUCAUAUUUAUAGGAAUAUUGUCCAUAUCUAGUACCAAUAAAUAUGGCGUGUUGAAA